CAAAUGAACACGAGGAAGAAACCAGCAGCGUAUCCACAACAAUAGUUGUGGUUCUGCUUGUCUGUGUCGCGCAACAGCUUCGUAAAAAUGUCGCAAAACCGUCCAGAAAAAGACGACCCCGCGUUAGACGCUAAAAAGACAAUCUCUCUGCCCAUCUCUAGAGUCCGGUUGAUCAUGAAAAGCUCUCCAGAUGUCUCCAGCAUCAACCAAGACGCUCUCUUUCUCACCACCAAGGCUACAGAGCUGUUCGUCCAGCACCUGGCUCGGUCCUCGUUCAAUAACGGCUGUGGGAAGGAAUCGAACUCGCUGUCAUACAGCGACCUGGCGAAAACCGCAGAAGAGACCGAGACUUUCCACUUUCUCACAGAUAUUUUGCCCAAGAAGAUCUUGGCUCGGGAUUACUUGAAGUCUUUGGAACAGAUGCAAGAGGAAGAUGCGGAUUUAUAGGAAUAAGCUAAUCUGUUUGAAUAUUUUUUUACUCAAAAGGGGCUUUCCCAAAGACAUUUACUGCUUUUAAGUAAGAUCAGCUCAUGUGUUGUUGUUUUUUUUUGUUGGAAAUAAUAUUAAACUAAGAUAAUUCUAAGAUUAGAAAUGAAGACUUUCAAUUAUAGAUGCCACACAAUGUCUUUUAAGAAUGGCUGAAAUUAAUUUAAGCAAAUGUUACUAUUCACACUGUUCAGCGUCAGACAAAUCUACUUGGCUGUAAGUUUACGGUUUUAGCAAAGAUUAUUUUAUUUGGCUUUGAUAGUUGGCUUCAUAUUUUCUACCGUGCUUUAGUAAAAUAUGUACAUGGACUUGAAGUGAAACUUGGAAAUCCAUUACACACAAUUGCGGCAAAAACAUUCGCUACCACCUUAAAACACAACUCCACAAAUGCUUUGUUGUCCAGCAUUAAUGUCCUGUUCUAAGACGUAAUCUGACAUGACUUAACCACCUAUAAGACGACGUGGUUAUGGUAACAAAUGUCUGCAUAUUGUAGAAGAAGCUGAAGAUGUGUCCCAAACCCCAUCAGUAGAUGGGGAAUAUUUUUAUCUUAAAAACAUCCCCUAUGUAUAUUCAUUUUUUAAAAUAAAACCCCACUUUUUUCAUGUCCAAGUGACUCAUAAAAAUUUUCUGAAUGUU